CAGGUAUUCGAAGACACUGCGCGUCUCUUCUUCCCUCUCUGCCCCUCUCACCGGUCACUUUGGCACUCUGGUGAACUGAGACGACAAAUCGAAGCUGCGUUACUCGCCAACGUACUUUGCUUUCGCGCGGCCGGAUGAUUACCAAUUGCGCCAAUUGCCAUUCGCUGACACGCCAAUCCACCCUGAUCCGCCUUGAUCGAAUGAUCGAGGGAAGCUGCUGCUAUAAAUACGUGAAACUCGUAGCGUAAAGGUGGUUUAACAAACGGACACAUUCCCGCGCCCGUCGUUAUUUAUAAACGCCCGUUUCGCGGGGCGCCUCUCUUUUUCGCUGGAGGACUUUAAUGUCUGACUUUAGCCGGCCGCUCGGAAAGGAAAUAGAAGAGCCAAGACGUGACAUCGGUAAUGCGUUUAGCCGGCUGGCUGCCAAUCAUCGGCGGCGGCAUCGUGGAAUAUUGAGCGAGCGGCGAGGGCGGCUUUUCCUUCGGCAGCGAAGGAAGAAAAUUGUUUAUCAGUACGGUGGCAGUACGAUGGUGGGCGAAUUAAAAUUCAACGCCCCACCCGCGACUUCGGCCGCUGCCGGGGCUGAACGAAGGCGGCCGCGUAUAAAAAGCCACAUGCGGACAAUGCACACCGUACACUUCACCGUUGGUUCCAGCAGGCAUAGAGAUGAAUUUAACCCUCACGUUGGCUUGCACGAUCGCGGUCAUGUCGCUGUUCUGUGGAAGAUGUAAAGCAGCCCCGGGAGGGUUAAUCACCAGCGUCCGCCGCAACCUGGAGAACCAUCCACAUGUUCACGGGUAUGCAGUGGAGGGUCUCAUGAGGGACCUCGUGGAAGACCUCAUCGGCGAGGACGAGGAGGAUCUGCGGCUGAGCAAGCGCCAGCACCUGGGCGAUUACGAUCACAUGAGAUUCGGCAAGCGUACCAACGACGACGACGAGUACGGGCGCUCGCGAUUCAGCAGAAACACCGAGUGAAACACCGCCGCCGGAUCCUCCUAGAUCGUAGACGUGAUCGCGCCACUUGCGUUUCGCUCGCGCUGGCGUAUUCACCGUGCGUGCGCGUUCGUGCGAGAUGUAGAUAGAAUAUAUUUUACAUUGCAGCCACUACGACUACACUGUGUCUUGUUAUUCCUCACCUCCUCCAGUUCUGUUCGCGCGUUUUUGACCCCGCCGCAAAAUGAUCCGCAGCUUCGAAACAAUGUUCUGUUCAUCCUCGACUAUAUUUUCUCUCAUUUCCACGAAUAAAGAGAAAAGAAAAAUUGCACUUGCGUGUUCACAUGCGCUUUCUCAUUGACUCCAGUUUCUCCGAGACGCUUC